GUGAGCUGGUGCGGGAAGCUCUUUUUGAUUUAUAUCAUCACAAACCCUCCAGCCCCAGAGCAAUCCCUUUCCAAAUGACCUUCCCAUCUUUUGACCCAUGAGUCAAGGACCAAGUGAAUCUGAAAAUCAAUGAGAAAACUUCUGGAUUUUGUAGCCUGAGAACUUUAUGACAUGUUAAAAGAAGCAAAUGGGGGAGCUUUGCUUCCGUAAGAGGGACCCACCUUCUCUGGCAUUCAGCAAAGACUACCUGCGAGCAGAGAAAGGUUCGCCUGUAACCCAGGGAAAGAUGAUCACUCGGAGAAGGGACCCUGAUGCUCACAGAAUGCAUGAGCUUUCAUCCCGGGAGACUCCUGUGCUGGUCAUCCUUGCGCUUGAAGACUGCUCGAUGUAAACUAGAUUAAACAUUCAGAAACAUGUUGUUUAUUAAAAGCGCAACUGGAGGAAGAAGUAAAUGCUAAAACAAUUCUAUGAAGUCAGAGGUGCUCAAUGAGGAAAUACAUUCAGGGUCUUGUGAAAUUCGGCCAAGGAAGCUGGUGCAAACCACAACAAGGAAGUGGCCACAUGCCUGGGGUUGGGCCCAGAAGCAGGUAUAUAAGGGUCCGUGAAGCACAGAGCACCAGACCUCCCUCACCUCCUGAGUCUCCAUCCUCACCUCUCCUGAGUCCUUACUCUCCUGACACCAUGGGGUGCUGUGGCUGUGGAAGUUGUGGCGGCUGUGGUGGCUGCAGCAGUGGCUGCGGUGGCUGUGGUGGCUGUGGUGGCGGCUGUGGUGGCUGCGGUGGCGGCUGUGGUGGCUGCGGUGGCGGCUGUGGCAGCUGCACCACCUGCAGGUGCUACCGCGUGGGCUGCUGCUCCGCCUGCUGCCCCUGCUGCUGCGGCUGCUGCGGGGGCUGCUGCAGUACCCCCGUGGUCUGCUGCUGCCGCCGCUCCUGUCGCUCAUGUGGCUGUGGCUCGUGUGGCUGUGGCUCGUGUGGCUGUGGCUCAUGUGGCUGCGGCGGUGGGAAGGGCUGUUGCCAGCAGAAGUGCUGUUGCAAGAAGCAAUGCUGCUGCUAGGCGGCCGGUCAGCUCUGCCUCUAGCGUGAGGGAUGUCUGGGGCUUUGCUCACUGCGUUUCGUAAGACCUUCCUCCAUCCCUCCUGCCUGCUAGCUGCUGCCCUAUUACUUUGAUGUCUUAGAGCUGCUCAUUCUGUCCUUGUGCUCUGAGUUUUAGGGCUGAUUCUUCCCCUUCAGUGUGCUAGCAUGGUGACACCAAUUUCUUCUCCCUGUAUUUUCCAGAAGGUAACAUCCAGCAGGUAACUAUUCUCUGUCAUCUUUGAAAUCUUGUCUCCAUCUGGAAGAAAGAUAAAGGAGCACUGUAUAUCGUCAGCCUUAGGGAGUAGGAAUACGGGCACCCAGGUCAAACAUCUAUUUAUAUUAUAAGCUUGAUAAAAUAAAAUCAUGAUAGUUAAUAUUUCAUUUUCUUCAAAAAAUUACUUAUGAUGAGCAUUUCUA